AUGUCUUCCCGCAUGACCAACGCCAACGCCAACUCGAACGACAUCUUUGACGCCGUGACUGCGGACGAUCCGCCUCGAUCCGCCUCGCCUGGGAUCACGCUCGCUCAGAGCGGUAGCGGGGGGUAUCAUGCCGAGCCGAACGAACAUGUCAAGGGCAAGGUUCAGGGGGAUCCUCAGGCGCCGAUGAUCACCGUACAACCGCUUCGAAAGCAAGAGAUGCAGCCCUCGUACGCUCAAGAUCUAGGAGCUUCGUCCACCGAGCACGGGGCGUACGGGUCGUUCAUGCACAGUCUAGGUGAUUGUCUAGGAGCAUUGGGUAGUAUCCCUUGUUGUCCGUUCCCCAACCCGUACAAAUCCGUCCCGCAAGGAUCCGUCGGUCUCAUCUCCCGGUUCGGCCAGUUCUACAAGUCGGUCGACCCUGGGCUCGUCAAGGUGAACGUGACGAGCGAGAACUUGAGGAUGGUGGACGUCAAGAUUCAAUUGAGUACGGUGCCCAAGCAGGCGGUGAUGACCAAGGAUAACGUCUCUGUCGACGUCGACUCGGUCAUCUGUUGGCACGUCGUAUCACCUUACCGAGCGGCCUUUGGGAUCGCCGACGUCAGGACCGCUUUGGUCGAACGAGCUCAAACCACGCUGAGACAGGUCGUGGGGAGUCGAUUGCUCCAGACCAUCAUUACCGAUCGAGAAGGAAUCGCUGCCGAGAUUCAGGAGAUCCUUGAAGCGACCGCGGAAAAGUGGGGUGUUAACAUCGAGUCCAUCUUGUUGAAGGACAUUACGUUCUCCGAAGAGUUGCAGAACCUCUUCUCUAGUGCCGCUACGCAAAAGCGUAUCGGAGAAUCAAAGGUCAUUGCCGCCAGAGCAGAAGUCGAUGCAGCCAAGCUCAUGCGUCAAGCCGCCGAUAUCCUGGCUAGUCCUGCCGCUAUGCAGAUCCGACAGCUGGACGCUUUGCAGAACAUGGCCAAGACUUCGGGUAGCAAGGUGGUCUUCGUACCCAUGAAUCUGAACAGCAUGGGAGGUGCGAGUAUGGCAGGCUCGUCCAGCACGGCCCGUCAACAGAUCGAAGCUUCCGGUACUCCGGAACAGUACCCGGACGAUAUGAACGUGACCGGAAGCGAUAACCAUAUGGGGAUGGGGAUGCAGAGCUUUGGUGACGAGGCGAGGAACGCUUCUAUGAUCACCCAUAUGGCCAACAUGUGA